CUAUACUGAUUUCUGAAUCUGCGCAUGUAAAGGUUUGACGUAAGCAUGGUCCAAUUCAAACACAGUUUCAUUGCACAAGGUCAGACACGCAGCCAAGUAUCUGAAAGACGUGAUAGCAAAAUGAAAGUAAAAGUGCUAGAGGACAGGAAUGGAAAUUCCAAGUCACUAAACCCUGGAGGCUUAAAUGACUCUUGAAUGCCCGCCCAGAACAAGAAGAAACGGGAAUUUUUCUUGAGGUUUUCCCUAUACAACUGAGUGCGUCAGAUGGAAGCGGAUGUAUGGUUUACCUCUCUCUUUAUCACGUGAAAUUUUUAGAUCAAAUUACGCUCAAAAUGUGAAGUGCAGUUGUUGUGAAUAAUCAAUCUCAGUAAUAUCAGUUUGAAUGUGACGCCUUGUGCUAUAUUUGUAUUCUGUGUAACAUUUCGUUUCGUCAACUUAUUGCGCAAAUUCGCUGAUAUUUGAGCUUUUACUAUUUCUGCGUCGUGGUUAUUCACCACCUGACAGUCAUUCGCCAUGGGAGUUUUCAGCAGUAGUGGGCUUAUUGCCUUCACGUUCAUUUUACUGUUACAACGAAAGAUUAUGAUGGAAACAGUAGCAUCUCAGCCGCAAUUUACCGCCCCAGAUUCUUCUUCACUUUAUUUAACAGAGCAGGCAAAUUCGCAUUUCCACAAUACUUCAAACAAUGGAAUGGACCAAAGAUUGAAGACAAAUAAGUUUUUGAUCCGGAAAUGCUGUGGUCGAGGCCAAAUUUACAAUUUUAAUAUGGAAGAAGAAGUUGCCGAUAGGAAAGAUCGAUGUGUGAAAUACUCGAUUUCAGAGUCGUCAUCCCGAACCAAAAAUAAGAACCAAAUAUUUAUUGAGCACAAACAGCAUCUGCCUUCGGGAUAUGCGCUUGACAAUUUUGAAGUCGACACGGGAUUUCCCCGCAAUUGCGAGCUCGAUUUGCUAUUGCAACCAGACCAAAAGGUGGACGAUCUUUUUUACCCGCUUCCGUCUGGCCAGUUGAUAGUGCCCCAUCGAUUUUGGCUCUUGCAAUUUGACGUUCACUGUAUCGAAGACUAUUUUGAAAAUGGAAAUUUCACCAAGCCUAGGAGAGUCGCGUUUGUUUGUAGUCAAAAUACCACGUCAUUCCCCACGACUGCCAUUGACAACGUGGGAAAGCUGCAGCUAGAUUUUAUCGCACCAGUAAUUCCUGCCGAAUUGUCACCAAUUGUCGGCCGAACUGUGAUUCGAAAGUGCUGCGCAAGAAAUGAAGUUUAUUCUUCCCGGGGACAGUGCAUAGAAAAUCAAGGAUUUGCAACAAAUUACUUUGAUGAUCUUCAACCCACAGAAAGAGACGACAUGUUUUUUCGCAUCGGCCCACUCCCUUGCUUCCAAAAUCAAUUGACUACCAAAAAUUUCAAUCUGGCCCCAAAUGGCAGUUUAGAGAUCGGCAUGAGCAACAGUGAUAUACAUGGCCAGUUAUUCUCUAUGGAGCAUUACUGUAUAGAGGACGUUGUAUCUUAUGAUGCCGCUGGUUUCCCUGUAACGUCAAACGAAGCCUUUUUCUGCGUAGACCAGGAUAAUAGUGAUCAGCACUUAUCCGAGUUACCCGAGUAUCCAGAUUAUUUCAAUCCUUACGAAACGGAUUCCAACAGCUCCUUUUUUCCUGGUCACAACGUAUCUGAAAUCAUCAUACCUGAAUAUCCAGAUUAUUCCGAUACCACUCACGAAAUUGAUAACAGCAACUCCGUUGAUCCUGGUCAGCAUUUACCUGAAUUUAACACACCUGAGUAUCCAGGUGAUUUUAAUACCCUUCACGAAAUGGAUUACAACGACUCCGGUAAAAUUAAAACCCCAAAAUGUUGUCCCCUUGGAUACGUGAUGGACGAAUCGGAAACUUGCCAGCUACUAAAGUUGGGAGAAGGUUCAUCGGGUGAAGAGCGGAUUAUUUCCCAAGCCUUGAACAAUUAUUUCUUGAAUGAACAUAAAAUUGUCACCAAUCUCAUCUCAAACAUUUCGUCGGGUUCUUGCGAGUUAAUUCGAUUAAUUCCUUUCGUUAGUUAUGACGCCUCGACGGAAAUAAAAUUCGAGGUUAAUCCGAAAAAUGAACUGUCACUGUUGAUCCAUUUACAAACAAAAAAUUAUUGGAACUUUAAAUUGAAACCCCAUUUUUUUUGUGCCGAUUUUGUACGCUUCCGAAGUGAGAAAGAAGUUUCCUACCAGCCACAAAUUUUCCAUUGCGCAAAACAGGAACACCACGUAUCUAUUCAUUACCCCGUCCUUCUCUGCAUUUCUGCUGUGGGUUUAAUACUCACAUUAAUAAUUUAUUUUUUUGUUCCAGCUAAAGGUUCCGCCAAAUUAGUUACGACCGGAUUUGGAGCAGGAAGUAGGGGAACGAGAACUCCGACUAUGGCCACGAUGUUGACGGGCCGCAUUCUACUUUGUCACGUCUUCACUCUGUCUCUGACGUUCAUUUGCUUAGCGAUGGUUCAACGAGAGUAUUUUCCGCCAAUCCAAACUUCUUGCGUUGCCAUAGGUUAUUUUAUUUAUGGCGCAUCGAUAGCUUCAUUCGCGUGGUUGACUGUAUACUGUUUUGAUUACUACCGAAUUUUCACUGGCGCAUUCAAGGUGUCCAACGACAUGCUAUUCAUCCCGUAUUCGAUAUUCGGAUGGGGCGUUCCCAUCAUAGCUCUUAUUGCUAUGGCGAUUACACAAUUCCAAUCUACGGAGCUUGGUGUUUCUGACAGCGUCAAUCCAAAUAUCGGUCUUCUUAACUGUUGGUUUCCUCAUGAUGGCAUUUCAGCACUGGUUUUCUUUUAUGGGCCUGUUGGUACCUUGCUAGUUCUCGACAUGAUAUGUUUUCUCUCCUUGAUUUUCAAUCCCAACCUGAUGCACUGCUGGAGGAGGAAACAAUCGAUAAGGAGCAACAAAAAAGUUUCAAAGGAGCAGGAAGAUUUUAAAAUGGCGUUGAAACUCUUUUUUAUCACCGGAGUCCCAUGGGUGUUUGAACUUGCUGCUUGGCUGCCUGUGUAUCUAUCCGAAUCUCAAGCCAUCUUUCAAAGCAACUCCGUAGGAAGAUACUUCUUCGAAAUCGGCAAUUUGCUCAACGCAUUGCGAGGAAUCGUCAUUUUUAUCAUUUUUAUUGUUUUACAACGAGAUGUUCGUCACUAUUUGAUGCUUCGCCUUAAGAGAAUUUUCAAGAGAGAUUCUCCGACUAAUGUAGCUCUCCAGCAUUCUCCAGGCAAUACCGAUGGAGGCCAUUCCGUCUCAACUGAACAAUUAACCAAUAGGCGAAUUUCCGCAAUGACUUCUCAAACACUCGUCGCAUCCUCUGCGUCGGAAGAGCAGAGUACCAAUGAACCUGAGUUAGACGAGAUAAGCAUUUUAUAGCGAAACAGACAACACAAUUUAAGAAAUAUAUAAAAUCAACAAAUGAAAAUAGAUCUAGAAAAUCUGGUUCAAAAAUGAUUAAAACAAUCGACAAACUAAUUUUGCAUUGAAAGGUGCAAUACGCACGUACGAUAUUUCAAUUGAAUUAAUUCAGCGAUGUUAUCAAAGAUGUUAUUAUAGGAAAGUUUUUUUAACCACUACUAAAUAACAGUUUCAAUCAUAAAAAUUUGUCCAACUUCCUUCUUUCAUUUUCUCUGUGGAGGAGCUUGCUUUAUUUAUUUAUUAAAUUUUUUUAUGAUUCUUGAACCACAUUUUUAAUUGUUCAACGUGCCAAAAUGUCUACCCAUCUACGUAUCUAAUUCCAUCCCUUUCUGCGCGCGUGAGUUGUCUUCUAGAACUGAUCUUCUUUUUUAAAUGUGUUUAAAUCUGUAUUUAAUUUAAAAAUAAAAUGUCAAAAUUUA